CUCUCUCUCUCUCUCUGGCGGCCGGGGAAUACCGGCGUUCACCAAGAAGGAACCCAGUCUUGGCCCCUCUCCGCCCGCGACCAUCCCUCCGUCCGUGAGCAACCCUACCUAGCGAGGCGGCAGCGGCGCAUCCCGGGGCUCGCGUCUCAAGAGAUCAGCUUAGGUAGCCAAUAUGGUUAUCCCUCCACCAGCUAGGGCACCUGCAAUCGCUAAGUUCCUAAAGCCUUAUGUUCUGAAGAUGUAUUUCACAAACAACUUUGUGAGUGCCCAGGUCAUCCACACACCAUCAGCGACUGUAGCAUGUGCAGCGAGCUCACAGGAGAAGAUCCUCCGGCCAAGCAUGGAGUCGACGCGGGACGUCGCGGCGGCGGCGAAGAUCGGGAAGCUGCUUGGCGAGCGCCUGCUGUUCAGGGGCAUCCCCGCGGUGUCUGUCUCCAUGUCAAGAGAGCAGACGUACCAUGGCAAGGUCAAGGCUGUCAUGGAUUCCCUUGCAGCUGCUGGUGUGAAGUUAUUGUGAAUGAUGGUAGUAGCUGAUUUUUACCAGCUUUUUUAGUUGUGCCAUGUGGUGCUGUUCUUGAAGUGUAGUGCAGAUAAAUAGUGGCAGGCUAUGAUGUUUUCAGUUCAGUUUAGCUUCCCUGGUCUUGAUUUCCACGUCUGGCACCUGUACGGGUCCCAUGCAUCAGAAAUAAUAUAGCCCUGUCCAGAACCGCUGGAAGUUUCCUGGAUCCUGCCGUAAUGAAAUCCCUAUGUUGGUAAUAAUUACUGAAGUGUCCAAAGAAAAAUAAUGUUACUUGAGAA